AUGAAAUCUCAAAACCCAACAUUUAUUCUCAUUAUUCAGCUUAUGCAAAUAUGGAGCCGCCAGAUGGGAACAAUUCAAUGGCACAAAGUCAGAAUUCAAUGGUUCAAAGUAGAUACUCUCAUUCAUAUUAUUAUUAAGGGUAUCUCCCCAAUAGAUGGAUCUCCUGGCAAUGAUGACACUGCAUCAAUAGCAGACUGGCCUUCAAAGAAAGACAUUGGUCAUCUGUUUGAGUUUACUGCGUACUAUGUUGCAUGUGGAAGAGCUAAUGUCUCGAAACAUGUAUUGUCUCAAAUUUUGGAGUAUUUGACGUCAAAGAAUAACUUUCCAUCAUGGGUUGCUGGAGAUAGCAUAACUCCAAAAAGAAGAGAGAAACAGGUUCUUGGCCUUCUUGAGGUUUGUGGCCUAAUUCAUACCAACAGACAUCAGUAUCUUGCUGCUCUGGACUGCUACAUGAAAGAUAUAGAUGAACCCAUUCAUGCCUUCUCCUUUAUUAACAAAAUAUUAUUGUGGCUGACUGACAAUGAAUCCACUGCUUUUCAAUCAGAAGUUAUUUUCUUCAGUGGAGGUCUUCCUUCUCAGUUAUUCAAUCUCAAUUAUUUUCUUAUUCUAUGCAGAGAAGGCACGUUCACUUAUCUGGCCCUCGACUUUUCAAGUUUAAGAAAAGAUGAUCUUGUGAGGGUAAAGGAUCAAUCAAAAGCAGUUGAGGCUUACUUGGAAAGGAUCUCUGAUUUCCCAAAGCUUUUGCGUAACAAUCCUGUUAAUGUGACCGAUGAUAUGAUUGAACUUUAUUUGGAGACACUUUUGAUAGCUAUCGCGCAGAAGGAACACUGUUUACGCCUGUGCCAGAAAUAUGGGAUAACAGAUGCUGCAUCAUUCUUGUUGGGAAGGGUUGGUGAUGAUGGCGGUGCUCUUUUACUUACACUUUCCACCCUCAAUGAAAAAUUUAUCAAGCUUGAUACUGCUAUGGGAAGUCUGGUAUCAAGUGGUUCUGCACGUACUGAGCAUUUCAGCAAUGCCUUAAAGCUCCAUAAAGGUGUUCAUAUCUUAAGAAAAUUGUUCUCUCGGUUCAUCGAGGAGAUUGUUGAGGGCAUGAUAGGUUCUGUUCGCCUUCCAACUAUCAUGUCCAAACUCCUUUCUGAUAAUGGUAGCCAGGAAUUUGCUGAUUGA